AUGAAUCCCAUUUUGUCUACACUGGUUGCUCUGGUCGGUCUUCUGGCCAUUUGCUGUGGUUAUGCUGUGGCGGAUGCGGUGCCGGCUGACCCCAACGCAAUGGCGUCGCCGUCCGGAGAAGGCCCUACUGGUGACUUUCAAAACGCUGGAGGGAACGUGAACGCAACGGUUGCAGGCAACAAUGUGCUGGUCACUCGGAGUAACAUCAUCAUCGUCACCGAUCAAGACAAGCGGGGCGUGGUAGACUUUAUCAAGAAAUUGGUACUUAGGAGCAACGCUUCCGAGGACGAAGACCCAGUAGCGACCCAGAUUAUCGCCCUUCUAAACCCUCGCAAUACCACGACGGACCUUGCUGCGAAAAUGAUGCCGAAUAUCAAGAGCGCCAUCCGUAGCCGAAACAAGCCUGCACAACUGCACCAGAUCAUCGUGAAGCUGACCGAGAUGUCGCCAAAGUUCAAAGCGAGCGACCCCGAUAACCGCGGCGAGUAG